AUGACUACUGAGGAUGAUCCACAGCCCGUCUCAUUUCAGGAGUUGAAGAAACGAUGGGCUCAACAACAAGAAGCUACUCGUCCUCCCGAUCAGUCAUCGCCGCCUCCUCCUGCUGCUGUCAAGCCAGCUUCGAAAUCACCACCACCAGCACCACAACAGCAACAUCCAAUGGUCGUGUCAUCCUAUGUUGACCCUCCUUUGCAGAAUUCUCGACCCUCGGUAACGACAACGACUCGGCCUCGUAUUCCACCCAAACCGCCUGUGCGUGCUGCAACAACUAGUCAUGGAGAAGCUCCCGCUGCUGUUUCUAUGCUCACUCAUCAAUUUGGCCAUUUGACAACUCGACCUUCACGACAAGAUGUAUCCUCGUCUACUCAACAAGCGUCAUCGUCUCAGGACCCAUUCUGUGAUAAUAGUGAAGAAGAGGAAGAGGAAGCACAGGAUUCCAGUGAUAGUGGUAUCAGCUUGACAAGUAGUGGUAACGAACAGCAACAGCAACAGCAGCAACCAUCUCCACAGCAACCACCACAGCAACCACCUCCACCACCCAGACAAUCAUCCUUACAUCUAUUUCAUGCACGAACACCACCACCACCUCCACCACCUAGCAAGAAAUACCAUAGCGCUGCUCGUAUACCCUCAUCCAAUCAUAGCAACAACAACAACAACAAAUCUUGUACUGAUUCGAAUGUAUCCAUAUCUCCUCCAAGUUUACCACCACGUCCUACUCUUUAUAGUCGUAGUCAACCUGAACCAGCUCCUGUACUACCACCACGACCUUCUACUUCUACGCUUGCACGUUCACAUACCAUUGCUGCAGCUGGUAUUGGUGGAUACCAUCAUCACCAUCACCAUCAACAUCACAUGCAAGCCCCACCCAUACCAACAUCAUCAUCUCAACCUUCUGAGGACGAUAAUCGAUUACGACGAUCACAAAGCACACGAGCCACCAGUGCACGCAAAGCGAUUCAAAUGCAACAAGUGAAUGGAGUGUAUCCUGAUUUCAAUAACGCCUCUCGCAAAAAGCCAUUUAUUCGUCGUGAGCGUAAGAUCCAUACGGGACAUCGUGGGACCAUUCGCGCAGUAGCAGCAUGUGGAAGAUACUUGGCAACGGGUGCUCAUGAGACUCGGCUUUGGAAUACGGAUUUGAAUCAGCAUUUGUACUCGAUUGAUUCCGCUGCGCCCAAUGAUAAUGCCGACAAGAUUUAUGCAUUGGCCUUUGCACCUACACCAUUACCCAAGGAUGAAGGUGCCUUUUUGUGGGUGGGUCUCAAAGAAGGCGAGCUUAUGAUCAUCGAUACUUCGCUUGGACGUAUUGUCACUCGACCCCAAUCACGCCAUGAUCAAACCAUCACCGCCAUUAUGCGGUACCGCAACACUGAAAUAUGGACAUUGGAUGAAGGAGGCACCUUGUGUAUAUGGGACGCACACUCGAUUGGAUUGAGAGAUCAACGUACAGUCACCCCAAGGACUACAGCAACCUUGUUGACACGUGAAAGGCACUUGUGGAUGUCAUCAGGACGUACGAUCGAGGUGUAUCGUGAUGGCAUGGAGGAGCAUGAAAUUCCACGUGUACGCAUUCCCAAUGAUCUUGGCAACAUUACUCAGUUUGCUACGGUGCCCUAUCACGUAGGCAAGGUAGUAGCUGCUCAUGACAAUGGCAAAGCAAGUGUAUGGGAUGCCAACACCCUGGAACGUCUCGAAGUCAUCACCGUUUCCAUGUAUGGUAUCACUUCCAUGGUCGCUGUGGGCGAGCAUCAUGUAUGGAUGGGCUAUAAUACGGGCAUGAUUUACGUAUACGACACAAGGCCUGUACGUUGGACAGUCGUCAAGAUGUGGAAAGCACAUGAUAGUGCUAUUGUCAAGCUCGUCGUUGAGGAUAUUGGAAUGGCCAUUGGGGAUGAAACUACGCAGGUGGUUAGUGUGGACUCACAUGGUUACAUGUCAUUAUGGGAUGGUUUAUUGCCUGAAUAUUGGAAAGAUCAAAAGAUGCAAAUGUAUCAAGGCGACUUUUGUCGAGAGCGAGACACACGCGUGCUUAUUUGUUCAUGGAAUAUUGAUGCCAACAAGCCUGAAAAGUUGACAGCGAGUGACGACAAGUUGGUGCGUGAAUGGUUACGAGGCAUGCAGGAUCCUGAUAUUAUUGUCGUGGGCAUACAAGAAAUUGUUGAUUUGGAAUCCAAGAAACAAACAGCUCGUUCAUUGUUUGCCUCACGCAAAAAGAUCGAAUCCUUACAAGAAGCUGAUGAGCUUUUGACACAUCGAUAUACGUUAUGGCAUGACCAUUUGGUGCAAGUGAUUCGCGACAAUUACAAGCAUGCUGAUUAUACCGUGAUCAAGACCGAUCAACUUGUGGGCUUGUUCAGCUGUAUCUUUGUCAAAUCGAGUGAGUUGCGGCGUGUGUCGAAUGUGGAAUCGGCCGUUGUCAAGACCGGUAUGAAAGUGAUGAACAAGAGUCUCCAUGGCAACAAAGGUGGUAUCGCUAUUCGAUUUCAGCUGGAUGAUGCAUCACUCUGCUUUGUCAAUUGCCAUCUUGCAGCUGGCCAAUCUCAUACGCAACAACGUAAUGCCGAUGCUGAAGGGAUCUUGCAAUCAGCCGAUUUUCGUGCACGUGACGAUGACAAUGGCGUGUUUUCCAAUGGUGGUGAUGGCAGCAUGAUUCUGGAUCAUGAACACUGUUUCUUGUCGGGUGAUCUCAAUUACCGCAUCAACAUGAACCGUGACAAGGUGAUCGAUUGUAUUCAAAAUAUGGAGCGAGAUGAAGCUUUGGCCUAUCUACAAAAGGAGGAUCAAUUGCUCAAACAACGCAUUGUCAACCCACUCUUCAAGUUACUUUUAUUCCAGGAAAGCCGCAUCGACUUUCUUCCCACAUACAAAUAUGAUCCAGGAACAGAUUAUUAUGAUAGAUCGGAAAAGAAACGUGUGCCUGCAUGGUGUGAUCGUAUCUUGUACCGUUCCAAGAAUGCUGAAAAUUUGUUUUAUCGACGUCAUGAAGUACUUGCUUCCGAUCAUCGACCUAUUAGUGGUGGCUUCCGUGUCCGUGUCAAGCAAAUUGAUCGAUCGAAAGAGCGUGAGGUGGCUUUCAGAAUUGAGGAGGCAUGGUACGAACAUUAUCUUCAGCUGGUUCAGGAACGCAAGGUGACCUUCCUUACCGAUUAUGGUUUAUUUGAUGCACAUGAAGCAAAAUCUCGAUUGCAGGCCACAGAUUGGGACGUAGGACGUGCCAUAGAACAAGCACUCUAUAGCAAAUAA